UUAGGAAGAGCGAGUUGCUGAUGCUGCUCUUUCUGCCACUGGUGAAUGACCUUCAGACUGUACAUUUCAUGCUUAGCGAUCAACAGCGUGUGUGCAGAAGGCUCUGUGCGGAGGAUCCAGGAACGUUCUUGGGGACCUGUUACUCUGCAGGAGGGACCUGGCUGCCAUGCAUGUAGCAGUGAUCGGGGCGGGGGUGAUCGGGCUGUCCACAGCCUUGUGCAUCUACGAUCAAUAUCACUCGGUCGUCCAACCCCUGGAAAUUGAGGUCUACGCUGACCAGUAUACGCCGCUCACCACCAGCGAUGGAGCAGCAGGGCUCUGGCAGCCCUACCUGGAUGAUAAGAGAAACGCUCAAGAAACGCUCUGGAACAAAGAGACAUUUGAUUACCUGUGUGGACACCUGAGCUCACCGGAAGCAGAGGAAAUGGGACUCUUCCCAGUUUCUGGCUACAAUCUCUUUACACAGCCAGUUCCGAACCCACCUUGGAAGGACAUUGUUCUGGGAUUUAGGAAUCUGACACCAAAAGAGCUUGAACUCUUCCCUGGUUACAGGAGAUGCCCUAAAAAGAGUAGACGUGAAAGCAAAUUCUGUGCCAAUAAGACGCAAUCAAAUGAUAUUGCAUGUCCAUUUUUCUCUUCCUCUGGUUUCAGCUAUGGUUGGUUUAACACAGCACUAAUCUUAGAGGGCAAGAGCUAUUUGCCUUGGCUGACCAAGAGGUUACAGCAGAGAGGAGUCAAGUUUUUUCAUAAGACGAUUGAAUCCUUCCAGGAGAUGGUUGCCAAGGGCGUGGAUGUUAUAAUAAACUGUACUGGGGUCCGUGCAGGGGAACUGCAACCAGACCCAGGGUUAAUGCCAGGCCGAGGACAAAUCAUAAAGGUCCUGGCCCCUUGGGUGAAGCAUUUUGUCCUGACUCAUGAUCAUGAAUCUGGAAUCUAUAACUCACCAUACAUUAUACCUGGGAGCAAGCUUGUGACCUUGGGAGGGAUAUUUCAGCUGGGAAACUGGAACAAAGAGAACAGCCCCCAGGAUCACAAAACAAUUUGGGAAAAUUGCUGCAAGCUGCUCCCUGGUCUCCAGAAGGCAAAGAUUGUGGAUGAAUGGAGUGGCUUCCGCCCUGUGCGCAACACAGUUCGGUUGGAGAGGGAGGCAGUUCGUCAUGGACCUUUAAAAUCAGAGGUGAUACACAACUAUGGCCAUGGUGGUUUUGGACUCACCAUCCACUGGGGAUGUGCCAUGGAAGCUGCCAGGAUCUUCGGAAGGAUUCUAGAAGAAAAGAAGCUGGCCCGACCACCACAGUCCCACCUUUGAUUUAACAGAAAUACUCUACUGAUCAGCCACAUUUCUUCCAUGGCAAAUCCGUCAUAGGCCCACAGCAAUACUGGAGGGUGGAGGGGGAGAAACUUUAGUUGUGUGCAGGAAUCACCCGUCCUACAGUAGCACCAGUAGCUCAGACGUCACGGGCAAAGGCAAAAAGAAAUAACUCAGUGAUGCAUGUUUGCUGUUUGAUGCCCUCAGCAGCUCCAAGACGGGUCUCUAGGGUACAGGUUUCAGAUUGUUACCAAUUAACUCCCUGUUGCUAUUGUUUGCCAGCUGGCUGGCUCAUCCUUGCUCUGUUCUCAUAUAACUACACCAUCGAAAUAUAAAUAAAUCCUGUGUUAUUGUAAA